AUGUCGUCUAAUUCGGAGCCUGAAGCUCCCACGGAGCAGCCACCAGCCCAGGCCUCCGCCGAAACGGCCGCCGCCACUGUUGAAGCCAAAAUCACAACUCCCGAGCUCGACCUUUCCAAAUUACAGGCCUUGCCAGCGGAGCAACAAGAGCUUUUUUUGUUAUCUUUUGUGUCAGAUCUGAAAAGACACGUCCUGGGCCUGGUGGCCGACGAUUGUACAGCUCAGCAGUUCUACUUGAAGAAGGAGAUCUUCCAAAUUAUCAAUCUAGCAACCCCCGCGCCGUCUCGAGUAAUACGGAACAACUUGGGCAAAUGUUUAGCUCACAUAUUCAGCAAGGGAGACCGGAAAUUGCUUUUUGAGACCAUCAACGAUUUGAUCUCUGUAAUAACGGGGAGCAAGGGGAAGUCUGAUGGUGAGACUCGCUCUAAGCAAGCCGCCGUGUCCUGCUUGGGUGAUGUCUUCGCGGCCGCUGGCGACAGUGCGAUUGGUUUACAUCAACUUGCUUGCACUACCCUACUUAAGUUGUUGAAAGCCGCCUCCAACAAUGCCGGUCUGCGUGCGGCUGUUCUCAAUGCUCUAGCUAAACUCAUCGCCAUGGUGCAGGGCAGCAUGGACGAAAGCAUAUCACGCGACAUAUGGAAACAAGGACGAAAUCACGCUGCUUCUGAUAAGGGUUCGCUGGUAGUGGCGUCUGCAUGCCGCUGCCUCAAAUCUCUCGUCAAACAUACUGCUUAUUUCCGCAGUUCGGCUGACCUUGAUAAGCUGGAGAGUGCAAUCUUCAAAUCCGUCGAAUCUUCUUCUACUCAGGUUCGACAUGCAGCCGCGGAUUGCUUCGCAGAGGCAUUAGUUCAAGGCUACUCUCCAACUGGCAAUGGUGAAGCCUCCAAGAGUAAGAAGACGAAACCGAAGCCGAAGCGCGCUUCCACCCACCCUGGAAUAGCAAAUAUUGAUGAAAACGAGGACGACCUCCCGCCAAGAUCAGCAAGCCCAGCUCCUGGUGGAAAACGUGUCCAGGACCUAGCCUUAUCUGUGCCUGAUAUGCUCAAAAUACUAUCGACCCAAUAUGUCAAGCAGAGUGCAUCAAAUAAGACCCGCGCAGCGAUUGGUGUCUGUUACGGAAAGUUGUUUCGUCGACUUGGGGAGCGGACAGUUCUCUCCAAGUAUCUGCAAAUUGUGGAAAGCUUUUCGACUGAAAUUUUGGGACACUCGGCGAUAACCAACAAUCGAUAUCGCCUGUUGAUUACUCGGCGGAUAGUUGAUACUGUUCUUUACGAUGUUAUUGGACGACAGAUUCUCGGCGAAUCUGGACAAAUUUCCGCUGCUGAGGCUCUGGUUAACAACAUUCUAAAAAACUAUCCGCAGGCCCUCGCAGAACGUCCAGAACCUUCAAAACAGAUGCUGAUAAUAGCUCUGCGAGCCGUGGCGUCUCUCAUCACGUCCCUCGGCUCGGCAUCUAACAGGUUUGCUGAAUCUUGUCGGGACGGGCUAUUGCAAGUUCUUCAGCAUCCUAGCUAUUCUGUUCAGGUAUAUGCUUCUUAUUGUAUGAAGGCUUUUGUUCUUGCCUGCCCUCAGCAGCUACUUCCAUGCCUUUCCGUGUGCAUGAACAGCUUGGCUCGGGAACUCUCGCUCCUCAACGGUGGACGAAAUUCACCAAGACGGUGUCUGGGAUUUGCUCAUGGACUGUCAGCUACUCUCAGCACCAGCUCUGCUCGACCUCUAUACGGAUCUGUCGACAUCAAUAGCCGUGUUCUGACUAUGGCCACAAACUUGCUCAAGUCGAGCAGUCAGUCAGAGUUGCGAAUUUCCAGUAUCCAAAUCCAGGUUGCGUGGAUUCUCAUUGGCGGCUUGAUGUCUCUCGGUCCAAAUUUCGUCAAAAUCCAUCUAUCACAGCUUCUGCUUCUGUGGAAGAAUGCGUUACCAAAGCCCCUUGCGAAGGACAAUACGUCAGCCAGAAGUCUCCUUGAAGCUUCAUUCCUAACUCACGUACGAGAAUGCGCCCUCGGCUCCAUCAUGUCAUUCUUGGAGUUUAAUAGCCGCUUGUUGACAGUUGAUGUUUCAAAACGCAUUGCCGCCAUGCUUCAGAGUACGACGGCUUUCUUGAAGACCUUGCCCUCCAAAAAGACGACGGAAGACAUAUCGCAGAGGCUGACCCCCGCUCUUCAACUAUAUGAUCUGGAUAUGAUGGUUCAGCGCCGGGUACUACAAUGCUACAUCAAACUGGUUAACCUGAGUCCUGCUGGGGGGAGUGAGGCUCUCUUGCAAUCAAAUCUGCUCACUCUAGCCAUUUCACUCUUUGCGGACCCUGAGAACUAUACACCUAGCUCCCUCAGUGCGUCCAUUGCAAACGCGGCUGGUACAUUUGACUCUAUAUGGGAUGUGGGUGAUAAUUCUGGCUUUGGAAUCACCGGCUUGGUUUCCGGCUUCAACAUUAAACAACUACCUGGUCAGCAUGAAUCGUCCACUGGGACUGAAAUUGAAGUCGACAGCCCAGAGGAUUCCAUCAACAAACUAUUGAAGUCCCCGGUAUGUGGAAGUCUUGAACAUGACGCGUCGAUACUGUACAUAGGAGGUGUGGGUGAUUCUUCCAUUCUCCCAGAUCCACCGGCUACAGAAGUUAUCAAUAAUGCCAUUCAACUAUUCGCUUUUACAUUUCCUCUCACACCGGCCAAGGUGCAAGAGAGUAUUUUGGAACAAAUAAAGACGUUCGCUUCUGCUGGUUUGCUGCAAAGAGACCCUGGUCGCAAGGCUGCAAUCAAUGUCAACGUUUCUCUUGCUAUCCUUUCGAGCCUGAAGGUAGCUGUCAAAGAGACUAGAUCCCCUGCAGGCAACGUCUCGAAUCUGGCUGUAGAGCGCUUGUUGCAGGAUAUUGUUCGAGAUAUUGUUCUGGAUCAAGACCAGUAUGUCCGCAGUUUAGGGUACGAGUCGGUGGCAAGACUAUGUAAUGUCUACGGAAACGCAUUUACCAACCAAGAAAUUAAGUAUCUUGUCGAUACAAUUGUUGGUAACCGAGAACCGAGUGCAAGAGCUGGAUGCGCAAUGGCACUUGGUGCCAUUCAAACCAAGGUCGGCGGCAUGGCCGCUGGGUAUCAUUUGAAAACUAUUCUUGGUAUCUUGAUGUCUCUAUGUAAUGACCCUCACCCGAUUGUUCACUAUUGGGCUCUUGAGGCUCUAUCAUUGGCCUCAGAUGCUGCUGGGCUUAGCUUUGCGAGUUACGUUCCGAGCACAUUGGGAAUGCUAGCCCAACUAUAUGUUUCGGAAACACACCAUGCCGAAAUCUCCUCGGCUGUCACUAUGAAUCUUGAAAUGGAACUUUCCAGCGUUGCAGCGGUAUCGAAAUGCGUUGAUUCACUCAUCAAUGUAUUAGGUCCCGAUCUGCAGGAUGCCAACAAGUCUAGGGACCUCAUUUUCACACUGGUCAAUCAAUUCCAGGAUGAGGAUGAUGUCCUCGUUGAAAAGGCUGCUUUGAGUUGCCUAGAACACCUAUCUCUCUAUGCUCCCGGCCAGAUGCGAUUCGCCGAGUAUGUAAAACUUCUCCAGAAGUAUCUCAAGUCUGGGAAUGAGACGCUACGGGAUGUCUCGGUGGAUGGCCUGCACAACAUAAUGAAACGGGAGCCACGCGACGUGCUAAGAGAAGCUGAGGAUGGAUUCGAGGAGCAACUAUGGCUAGUCCUUGACAGUGUACCAAGUCAUGACGGUGUCAGAAAUAUCAUUCGAAACUGGAUGCAUCAGUCGUGCAUAUUUGAAACUAAUGAGUGGCUGCAUCGAUUUCAGACUGUGUUAAAAAUGACAAGAGCGAAGAACGAAGCGCGUGAUGAAGCAAGGCCAGUUGGUGGAGUUCCCGAUCUUCAGGAUGAAGAAGUUGCUGGAUUUGCCGCGGCUGUGCCUGGUGCCAAGGAGGGCAGAGACAACUCUGCGCCAUCAGAGGCCGAACCACUGCGAUGGCAAGUCAGAACAUUUGCACUUCGUUGUAUAACCGACAUAUUUGCCAUUGUCGCCAAGGAUGUUGCGGCAAAUGGAGAAUCAGCAGCACAGCUGGCGUUGCAAAAUAAGAUUGCUGAUGUAGUCCGUAUGGCUUUCUCAGCUUCUACUUCUAAUGUACUGGAACUGCGAAUAUGGGGACUGAAGAUAAUCGGUGCUGUGCUCAAGAUGUUUGGGAAGACGCCUGACCCUGACUUCGAGGAAGCUAUGCUUCUGGAACAAUAUCAAGCUCAAAUCAGCUCUGCUCUAACACCCGCAUUCGCUGCUGACUCCUCACCAGAACUAGCCUCGGAGGCCGUAAACGUCUGUGCGAGCUUCAUCGCGGUUGGUAUUGUCACAGAUGUGGAUAGAAUGGGCCGAAUCCUGAAAACACUUGUCACUGCCUUGGAGAACUUUUCCAAUGACCAUGAGAACGCAGGAAUUGGAGAACUGAAGGGACUGAGCAGCAAUGCACAGGUCAUGGUUAAAAUAUCCGUGUUUUCCGCCUGGGCAGAACUUCAGGUAGCAAGCACAGAGCAAAAGUAUCUAAUGGAUGUUCUGAAGCCUUACGUCGGAACUUUAACUCCACUUUGGCUAGAAUCUCUACGGGAGUUUGCUCGACUUCGAUUCGAACCCGAUAUCUCCAUGACACUGGGGCCACCGUCUCUUUCCGGGAGCCUAGAUACAAUUUAUGCGGCCUUGAAUCGGGAAACCCUACUUCGAUUUUAUCAGGAGUCGUGGCUGAAGCUUGUUGAUGCAAUUGCCAGUCUUAUUGAACAAGACAGCGAGUUCGUUUUCGAUGCACUCGAUGGCAAAGAGUCCCGAGAGGGGGGACCCAACGGUGACACCAAGAGCCCUGUUAUCAACUACCGAGACGAGCCUGUGGCAUUUUUCUUCGUGCUCUUUGGGCUUGCCUUUGAAGCCCUGGCAAUCAGGCCGGGCCAGGCAGACUCGCUUGCUACGAGAGAGCAGGCCUUAGAUAUUCUGGAGGCAUUGAAGAAGAUAUUGCAUCCAAGCGUGUCUGGUCACGCUAUUUACAGACCUGAUGUCUUUGCUGAAACCAUGGACUUGCUAGAUCGCCUAGUUCUGACCGAUGGACUGGAUAUCCAAAGCGUGAUCGUUGAUAUAGCGCGAGCACUCUGUGUAACACACCCGUCUGCCCGAAGGCAGUCAGAGGAUGAAGGCGACCUCUCCGAAGACAUCGAUCAGCUUUUUGAGUUGACACGAAUCAUUGUGUUGGUUUUGUCUGGCUUGCUCCCUAAUCUCUCUGAAGGUAACCAGCCUGUCCGACAUCAAAUGAACGAAGAGGCCAUCCUUCUCGUUCGUAACUCCUUGGAUGCCCUCGUGGACGCAGCGGAGGUCUUUCCGUCAAUCAUCAAGACAGAUCUUCAUGCCUGCAUUAUUCACAUCUUCGCCACUAUUCUUGCUACCCCUUCCUGUCAAGAACUGGUUGUUCCCCAGUCACUGGCGAUCUUGAAGCGAUUUGUCGCUAGCGCGUCAUCGUCAACAAGUAGCGGAGAUGACGACAACUUACCACCUCAAGCACAAAUUCAGGGCUGCCUUCGCCGCUUCUUAUCGAUAUAUGUAAAUGCACAGAAAAGAGAGGAGUCGACAUCUUUGGCAUGCGUCAGAAACUGCCUGCUUGCUACAACAAUCCUGUUUACUGGUGGAGAGAAUCAGUUGCCUGCAAGUCACCCGCUCGUCGCACGAUAUCUUGACGAGCUGCUCGACUGUCUGACUGAUAGAAUGACCGCCAAGAUUGCCGCCAACUGCAUCCGGUCUCUGCUCCUACAAUCGUCGCCCACGUCGGCAGACCUGAGUAUAGCUCGCUAUCUCUUCCCUAGACUGGUUACCUUUGUGACAAACGUGGAGCCAGAGGACCCAGAACGAGCCCGGUCCCUCGUAUCCCACACUCUCUGCUUAUAUGUCGGCAUAAUUCCUAAGGGCCGUGUCCCCGCAGCAAUGGGAUUGGUCAUACCAGCCCUGAUGACACGGGCAGUUGGAGAGGGAGAAGACAUGUACCAAGAGACCAGCACACGGCUCCUAGAGCUCGUGGCCAUCGACCAGGCUGGCUUCAGAGCUACGGUUGGCGCGAUGAAUAGCGGUCAGCGAACCUUUUUGGAAGAAGUCAUCCGCUCCGGACAACAAUCAGGAAGCGAGGCGAAUGCGUCAUCUGCCGGUGAGGCCGGCCGGCCAAGUAUCACUCUCAAGAUGAACUUUGGCGGCUAG